AGGUUAUAUAACUCAAUAAUCUAUGGUUUCAAUUUUCUUCAUGUCUCGAGGAUAGGUUUUAUUGGUUCAACAAUUAUGAUUACUUCUGAUGGAAAUUCUGAUUCUUCCAAAAAGGGAUUAACAUGUAAACCCAGUGAGCUUCCCAUCUAUAGUCCUGAUAUACCCAAACCGAAAUGUAUUGAAGAAAAGCCUACAUGGUUUGGUAAUUUCUUAGAAGCAAAAGUGUCGGGAUUAAGAAAGGUGGUUGAUACAGUGAUCCAUGAAGCUCAAGCUUAUGAAAAUGUUGCAGAAGGAUAUAUUAGAGACGGAGUAGAUAAAGCUGAUGGUGUUUUAACAUAUUUAAGACGGGAAAAUAGUACUGCUCCCAAAGUUGGUGCGAUAGCUAUUGGAGGUCUCACUGGAUUAAUAUUGAGCCUGAGAAAGGGCUAUUUCAAAAGAACCUUAUAUACCACUGCUGGAGCUACAAUUAUGACAGCUGUAUGUUACCCUAAACAAACUUCUGAAUAUACUCAGAUUGGUAUAACAGAAGGAGGAAAAUAUGCCACAAUAGCUUAUAACUUUGCCUAUGGAGUUAAAAAGGGGGAUCCUCCUAUGGAACUACCUUCUCUUCCACAAUUUCCUACUUCAGUCUCAGAAACUUGGAAUAUUGUGUCUAAAAGUGUUUCAUCCCUUUUUCUAGAUAAAGCAGAUUCUGAUAACAAAUGUGCAAGAACUGAUUAUGGAAAUGAAGAUGAUAAUGAUGAAGAGAUAGGGAACAAGAAAAAUUACUAAUGCAAACUUGAAGAUAAUGAAGUUUUUUGUAGCAUAAAAAUAAAAUACGAAGUUAUAAAUAAAUUAUAAGUUGCUGA